GUUCAGCCAACCGUUUAAGCAUAGACGUAGACAAAAGCCGAAUACAUUUUUCUGACAAAUAGAAGAACUGCUUUUAUUAAACAAGUUUUACAACUUUCAGAUAAUUUGGUACGAGGAAUUAUGAUUGACUAGUAACCAAGCUCUGUUUAACUCGUUCGCAUCUACUACGUGUCCGAAUUUUGAAGCCAACAACUAGAGACGGAGUGCUGCAAAGGUCACCUUACGGGAUCAAAUUAACGUCUGUAAAUUAAUGGAUAAAAUGAAAAAGGCUUGUCAGACUGUAUGUGAGAAUAGAUUGCUCGUUGCCGGUUGCCUGGACUUUUUGUCUGGUAAUGGGCUCCGGUGCUAGCAGAAGUCCGAAGGGAAACCAGAACCGUCACAGUAAUAAUCAAACAGUACCUACAUCUAACUACAGUGGUCUGCCUAACGACUAUCCACGACAAAGGUCGAACAACCCGUCGCAUCCGAGUCACAUAUCAUCCUCCUCAGGAGGAAUACUUCUGACCAAUCACAGUCGGAGCAGGGGCGGGGCAGGAGUGGGAAGCAACAGUAGCACCAGCAACAGUUCCUCAGCCGAUAUGCCCUGCGCAUCCUGCUCUUCACAGUUUAACCUACUCAGCAGAAAGAUCAAGUGUGAGACUUGUGAAUUGAUCUUCUGUGAGCCGUGUGUGCUACCCUGUGAAUCAUCGGGGGGAGGAGUCUCCUCGCCAGCUGCAGUGCCCUCUUUGUCAUGUCUCUCCUGCUUCGUGUUCAGGGGACCAGUGCUACUAAGGAGUCAGCUGGUGCGUCUGCGUGUGCGUGACCUGAUGCGUCAGCUGAGAGCGAAGGGAGUGAGUGACACUCGCGGCUGUCUGACCAAGGCUGAGUUGGUAAAUCUGCUGGCCAAUGUGCCCCAAGUCACCCUCCUCAUGGAUGACGUCAUGGAGGAGUCCCAAUCUACUUCCCACGCCAACAACAACACCAACUCCAAUCAGUUCACUUCCAAUGGUGAUGCACAACAUAAUGGAAGCACCAACGGAGGUGCAGGCAACCGAAAUAACAACAACAACAAUAGCAAUUAUAAUCAAGGAGACAGCUCGUCUUCAUCCAGAACCAACCACUCACAGCAACAUUAUCAAUGCGACAGUGGCUCAUCUUCAGUGCCUAAUGGCUCAGCUGACGAUAGCGGAAAGCCUUCAAGUCAGCCAAAAGAGCGCAAACAGUUAAGCUCAAUCAACAACGAAGAGGAUAUAGACAAAUUACAUGUGCGUGAGCUUAAGGAGAUCCUGGUGAACAAUUUUGUGGUCAUACGAGGUCUGUGUGAAAAAGACGAGUUAGUUCAGAAGACGAAGAUGUUGUGGCGACAGGAGAUAGGACAGAGACGAGCAGCUGCAGCCAUGAAGGCUAAAUUUAAUGACCACGAGCCGAAUAUAUCCGAGGACGAUACGUGUAAAAUCUGCAUGGAUGCGCCAAUCAAUUGUGUGCUGCUGGAGUGUGGUCACAUGGUGUCCUGUGUCACCUGUGGAAAACAACUAGCCGAAUGCCCAAUUUGCCGACAAUAUGUCGUCAGAGCAGUGCACACCUUCAGAACAUGACAGUCGAUUGUGUAUUUAUUCUUCAAUUGUUCGAUGUUUGAUGUCGUUUCUGAUCCCAAAUGAAAGUCAAUGUUACAUAAUUGUAAAAUUUUGAUGUGUAUAAACUCCUGUUCCAAAGUGAUAGAUAUUGCUAGUAUUGUUUUUAGAAAUUCAACAGAAUUACUUUGGAAAUCAUAUUAAUUCCUGGUGCUCUCUAGUAAAGUAUUGGAGUUUUUAAACGUCAAUGAAAUUGAUUGCAGCAAGUAUAUCAAAUGAAGUAUACCUUCCAAUGAUCUUUAUUCUUUAGCCUUAGUUGUUUAUUUCUUCGUAUUUCCUUUUAUUUUUCAGAAAAUCAAAACGCAAAAUUACAAUCAACUUUUUUCAUGAAAUUUUGAAAAUGCAUUUAGACGUGUCCCUUUUAGUUAGUUCAAGUGUUUAAUGC